UCAGAUUUGCCUGAAAAAUGAAUUCAUAUCUUGUUAUAAUUAGUGGCAGACAACAGUGAUUAUGAUACAUAUAUGAAAAAGAUCAAUUUGAAAAUUGAGCAUAUAGACUUUUAUACAAAUUCUGUCAAUGGUUCUCUAUAUAAACUUAUCACUAAAUUUUGAACCCUUCAUAGCAAACUAUUCUAUUUUCCUGUGUAAUUAUGUCACAAUUGCAGAUUUCUGUUGAGCUUCCUGUGCUAGAUUUAUCCCAACCAGUGCAUCCCUCCUUUCUGUCUACCCUUUCUAGAGCUUGUCAAGAAUGGGGUUUUUUCUAUGUCACCAACCACGGUAUCUCUGAAAACAUGUUUAACAAAGUUUGUUCACUUUCCAGGCUCAUGUUUAGUAAUCCCACAGAUAUCAAGCUCAUGCUGGGUCCAUUGUCAAGCAUCAAAACCUACACUCCACAUUUUGUAGCUUCACCUUAUUUUGAGAGCCUUCGAGUGUCUGGACCAGACUUCUUUGCCUCUGCUAAGGCUUCUGCUGACGUGCUCUUUGCUCAACAGAGCUCAGAAUUUAGUGAGAUAUUGCAAGAGUAUGGCAUCAAAAUGAUGGAGUUAUCAAAGACAAUUAUUAAGAUUAUAUUGACAAGUCUGGGAAAUAGUUACGAAAGAAAGUUUUAUGAUGCUGAAUUUAUUAAUUGUCAAGGGUAUCUAAGGUUAGUAAAUUAUACACCGCCAGAGAUGGUAGCAGGAAAAGAUGUUGAAGGACUUGGAAUGCACACAGAUAUGAGUUGUAUAACAGUAGUCUAUCAGGAUGGGAUUGGUGGACUUCAGAUGAGGUCUGAUAACAGGCAAUGGAUGGACAUACGCCCAUGCGACAAUUCUUUAGUUGUUAAUAUUGGAGAUUUGUUGCAGGCUUGGAGUAAUGGAAGAUUAAGGUCAUCCGAACAUAGGGUUGUUUUAAAGCGACAAGUAAAUCGCCUUUCACUGGCCUUCUUCUGGUGCUUUGAAGAUGAAAAGGUGAUCUUAGCACCAGAUGAAAUAGUGGGGGAAGGAUCUCCAAGAUUAUACAAGUCCUUUGUUUGCUUGGAUUAUCUUAAGUUUAGAGAGAGCAAUGAAGUAGGUAAAUUUGAGAAAAUUGCAUAUACAGUCAAAGAUUUUGCAGGAAUAAAAUAGCAUGUUAUCAGCAACAA